AUGGAAGGUGGAGAUAGAGAGGGAAAUCAUUAUGAUUUACCAUAUAACUUUUCUUUUUAUCAACAAUUUCCAGCUCCAUUAACAGACAUAAAUAGGUUGUUAUGGAGUAAUCAAAAUGUUUUUACUCAUCAACAUGCAGGUGGUUGCUAUGAUGGUACAAGUGGAUAUAAUAGUAAUUUUCCUGAGCAAAGCUUAAAGAAUAAUGUUAACAUAGAAGAAAAUGGUGCUCAGUACUGGAUUAAUCAAGAGCAAAAGAAAACGGGAAAAAAUGCAAAAGAAGUGACUAUGUUAGUCAAGGGUCAGUGGACGGAAGAGGAAGACAGGAUUUUGAUGAAGUUGGUGAAGCAGUUUGGAUUGAAGAGAUGGGCUCAGAUAGCUGAGAAUAUGGUGGGUAGAGCAGGAAAACAGUGUCGUGAGAGAUGGCAUAACCAUUUGCGACCAGAUAUCAAGAAAGAGACGUGGAGUGAAGAAGAAGAAGUGAUGCUAGUGGAAGCGCAUAAGCAAAUUGGAAAUAAAUGGGCAGAAAUUGGUAAAAGAAUUCCUGGAAGGACAGAGAACGCAAUUAAGAAUCAUUGGAAUGCAACUAAAAGAAGGCAAAUUUCACGGAGGAAUAAGUUGAAAAAAGAGGAAAGGUCGAAUGUUCUUCAAGAUUAUAUUAGAAGCAAGUACUUCAGUGAUGAUAUGAGUAUUAGUAGUAGUAGUAGUACUACUCCUCCAACAAAUGAUAAUAAUAACAUGAAAAAUCCCUGUCCCUAUCUCUAUCCCUAUUCUGACGAUGACGAUGACGACACUCCAUCUUUGCUCACUAAUCAAACAUAUGAUGAUGAAAUGAAUUUCAUGCAAAAAUUGUUUGGAAAUAAUUCAUUGGAUGGGGCAAAUAUGACCACUCAACAUCAACUUUAUCUUCAUCAGGCCGAAUAUGAUCAAGCUGCUUCAUCUUCAUUUUCAUCAGGAAGAAACAAAGACAUGGUUUUAUCUUCUAGCUACCCUGAUCAACAAACCUCCACCAACAAAUUCUUUUAAUUAGUGUCAUGAUAUACAUAUAACCAACCAGUUGUUAGUUUUCGUUUUUUUAAUUUAUGCUUGCUAGCUUGCCUUUAUAGCUUUAAUCAUCAUGACUUCUUUUGUUACUACCUUAAUUCUGUCAGUCUAUAGGCUAUAAAGUUGCUUCCUUUUUGAAUCAGAUUAUGUAUGUUGUCAUGUUGUUGGUUUUUAGUUGAAUGACAUUAAUAUCUGAAGACCAACCCGUUGGGUUUAUGUUAUUUUCUAAAUAAGUAUGUAUAUGACGUAAACCGCUAACUAACUGAU